AUGAACUCGAUUAAAAUACUAAUCUUACUCAUUUCUUUGUUUACUCUUAAUCAAGCUUAAAUAUUGUCUCAGUAAUUAGACAAUGAAAAGCAGCGGUUGGUAAUAAGUAUAGAGAAUUUGGAAAAUGAGGCUGUCAUUAAUUUCUAAAAUUAGGAUGUAAAUUUUAGUGUUAUUCUAGGGUCAAUUUGUUGAUCAAAUUUUUUGCUAGAGGAGUCAAUGUGAAUGCAUAGUUACAUAAUCCAAUACGACAGAAGAACAUAUUGAAAUUUAGGAAUGUAGUGAGAACAAAUUAAUAAUACAAAGAAACUACUCAUAGCUCAUAGCCAGCUUGAGUUCAUCCCCAUAAAGAAGAAUGGUAGAAGUGUAUUCCGAUAGUGACAUGACUGACUCAAAAACAAUCGAUUCCAGAUUGACAAUAAAAUGGAAAUUCAACAGUGAUGGUACUAUAGAAUUUGCCACUAUUUGGAACAAAAAGACCUGGUUGGGCAUUGGAUUCGGAUCAUCGGUAAUAUAUCUUUUUAAUUUUUCAAGAUGAGUAAUGUUGACAUGAUAACCCUUAAUGUCUCAGGAAGCACUGUUGAAUUGUUGGACCUCUAUUCAACAUCUUAGAACACUCCUCCAACGGACUCACAAUAAGACUAUACAUUAAUUUCGUAUGAAGUAGGAAGUGCUUCAGUUAAAACAAGAUUCAAGAGAAAACUUUCCACUGGAGACUCCAAAGACAAAACCCUCGUAAAAGGAAGCUCCUACAGUUGGUGUUAUGCUUAUUCAAGUGCUUUAUGUAUUUCUAUUAAAUAUAUUACUUAGCUCUGGAAAGACACACAGUUAAUUUAGGAUUUUCAAUUACACUCACUGACAGUGGAACUUCAUCUUCUUCAUCAUCAGGAAGUAGUUCUUCCUCAUCAGGAAGUGGUUCUACUUCAUCCUCAGGAAGUGGUUCUUCAUCAUCUUCAGGAGCUGAUACUACCUCAUCAGGAACUGAUACUACCUCAUCAGGAACUGAUACUACAUCUUCAGGAACUGGAACUACAUCUGCUGGAAGUGAAUCCACAGCACCAGGAACUGAUUCUAAUGAAAGUUCAGAAAAUGAAGAUUCCGAUUCUGAUUCAGAUUCCGAUUCAACAAAAUCUUCAAUACAAAUCUCGCUGGGCAUCGUUUGCAUGAUUUAGAUAAUUUUAUUUUGA